AAGUGAAGGCUGGAUUGAUCUAGCAUUUAAUCCAUAAGCAGUACGUGAAAUUGGUGGCGAGAAGAAAGUUUCAUGCGUUCUGUAUCUGUCUUCGGUGAUCAACAAAACGAGAUGGGAGCACUAAAUGAGAAAUCGGUCGUAAAGAUUUCGCACACGAUCGGUACUCUGAUAAGCGUGUUGAAUUUGUGAUAUAACAGAACUCCAUAGAAAUUGACGAAUUUAUCGUUCUCCUGGUCAUGUCCAGAAAAUGUUACAUCUCUCGUCAAUUACGGCGAAGGCGAACAAGAUCCUGCUCAGACAUCAUCUACAUGAACCUUUCCACACACUCUCCACACCGAUGCUCACUCUCUGAUUUCCCGCUCUCACUUUCCCUCUCCAGCGAACCUCCCUCUUUGUCUGUCAGCUGACUCUAUUAAUCUAUGUAGAAGAACUACUGACUUGCUUCCUAGUGCACACAAUCAAGAUAUUUGAUAAACGAUCUCUCGUAUAUUUACUAGUAGCUGAGCUCUUGCUCUUCUUGUUCUAUGAUCAUGGUAUAUCAACAUCUUAGUGCACCGUAGCUAUGUCAGACUCAGAUUAGAAAGACUAAAACAUCUGAAACCAUAAUAUUGUUGUUGGUUUCUCUUCGUGAAAACGAGGAUUAGUGAUUCAUUUGAUGUGUAGAAAAAUCUGCGCGAGGUCGAGUUGUCAACAUUCGAAUGAACACUUUUUGAUUCCAAGAAAAAGAACGGAGACGGUGGAUUUUCCUUCUUGGGUCAAUCAUUAACAAUUAAACGAUUAGAAUCAAUCAUCUCCAGUUGUAUCAAUCAUGCCAUCGAUUGUCUCGUCAUGCUUCGCUGAAGCCAUGUGGGGUGCGCCGAGUCCAAGCGCGUCUUCAUCGUUAAGUAGCGGGCUGAAGCACUAUUACGGACCCACGGGACAACGAAACCCGGUCGAUCUUUUCGAUGCCAGCAUGCCUACAUCAAUGUUGCCACGAAAAGCACCACACGGGUCAAUCGUUUCUUUCUCGCCGAGCUUCAUAGGUCCCAGUUUGGAACAAGACGGAGCAACAAUGUGUUCGUCGGUAAAACCCAGACGUCGGCGGUCGUCUUUCUCAUCAAAGAUAGAUCCAAGCGUGCCCACAACGACGAACUUUCUUGAUCAACCAACUAGCGCUUUAGGCGCAGCGCAAGCCGGCGGAAAAAAAGUGGGCAAAACACUGCACAACGUCGAGGAAGCAGCUGAGGAGGGGAUCGAAUCCUUGUUGGAGCACGCAAAUAAUUACUUUACGGUACUACAAAUACUUUACGUACUUAUACUAGAUGCGAUGAAGUUCCGUUUCUUUUUACAUGAUACAUCGUCACGACUUAUUUCAUCAUAAAGAUUCAGAUACGUCUCGUUGUACUUGUCCUCACGACCACUUCUGCUAUAGUCUAAACUAUGAGUAUGAGCCAACAUAUUUCAAGACCUAUGUAUUAGCUAUGUCAUUGUCGAUUGAGAAAUUCGUCUCGUCUUUUACUGGACGCCUAUCAAAUAAGUUGAAGGUGCAAAAAUUUACACAAGCCGAAAAAAGUAAAAGAACUGGAAAUCUAUCAUCCUCAUCAUCAUCAUCAUCAUCAUCUUCAGUACAUCAAUUACGUGGCGUUCGGUACUUCGGUAGCAGCAGGCCUAUUUGGUCUUUACGCAUUGCAGCGGUAUCAAUCUCUGCGGAAACGAUUACGGCUAUUCCACGAUCAGCGGAGCGGUGCCAUUGAAUGAAAACAAAAAACAGCUUGUUCUACAACUUCUACAUUCAUGUGGAGGUCGAUCGUGAGGCAUUCCAUUCGCCGUGCUGAUGAUGCAUUUACUCUUACAAGGAGUGAAGUAAAUACUUGUAGUCAGCAACUGAUACCUGGUUUCCUCUUGGUCAUCAGACAGACGAACGUGGAGGUUAUUGCAAUCGCCAGCACAGACGAACAACACUGAAGAUGUACCCUAAGAAAGAGGCGAGGACCUUGUUGAUUACUGCUUCCUAAUGUAUCAAAAUGGUCUUUGAGGAGGAGGACCGACGCAGCAGCGUGGUGUUCGAUCGGUUCAUAAGAAGAGAGUGCGGCGCAUUCGCGCAUUGAAGACAGCUUCGGCCACCUGCUCAGUGAGGUACAUGAUGACUUGUUGUCGGUCGAGUUGUGACGAACGAAG